AUGCAACAGCAUGCUGAACAGGAUCGCAAAGAUGGCCCCCAAGAUGGCAAGUUAUGCUUGCGGUUCGUGACAACGAACCGCGGCAAGUUGGACUUCUUGCGCAUAGUACUUGAAUCCACGCUAGAUGGCGUCUUGGAUUCCAUCGAGAUGUGCGACGUGGAGUUGCCAGAGAUGCAAGCAGACUCUGUCGCCAAGAUUUGCACAGCAAAAGCGGAGGCAGCUUUCCAACUGCUCGGUGGCAAUGUGGUUGUGCAGGACAGUGGCUUUGUCAUUGAAGCGUUGAAUGGCUUCCCAGGGCCCUACACAAAGUAUGUGCUGUCAACUAUUGGCGUGGAUGGUAUAUUGAAACUCAUGGAGGGUCAACCAAAUCGUCGAUGUGGCUUUGCUGCUUGUGUUGGUUUUGCAGACUCAGACGGUCGCAUCCACAUUUUCGAAGAACCGGUGCAAUACUUCGGCAACUUGCGAGAGUCCAGGGCUUCGACGCGGGAGGGCUCUGAAAUUGGCAGAGCUUGGGGGAAUGAGUCAGGCCAGCUGUUCGAAGUUUUUGCGCCAGAUGAUGCGGCGGUGGCGGAAGCUGAUGGUCUAGGUCCGACAGGUCCGACAGGUCCGACACUGGCAGAGAUGUCCGAGAAGCAGCUGACCACUUAUCGGCAACAGCGUCAUUCGGCCUUCAAGGUGUUUGGAAAUUGGCUGCUGGAAGUAUAUGGCCACAAAUCGGCGGCGACACUUGAACAAGAUUAA